UUACGUGAGCCUCCCCUUAGAGGACAUAAUACUCCCUGAAAAAUGACCAGCUCGAGUGAGGUGAGGUCAGUGAAUAAGUUCAACGUUCAGAGUUGAUAGUGAUGGGGAAACGCGAGUACUUUCACUAACUUGACUUCUAAUGAGUCACUCACUGAUGUGAGUCGUGACAGUUACAUAGCAACAGGCCUCAAGUGACUCGGGUACGUCGACUUAAUUUGUUUAGCUCGUGACGGACGAGGCCACGGAGACGAGUCCCGGAUCCACCGACUCGUUCAGGACUCGCACAUCUCCAGUGUGACGCACACGUGGGCAAGAUGGCUGUGCACACGCUAACAGUGAACCAUCAUCAUCCACCUGAAUCUGAGUGGGUCACCUGGACAACCCAGCGGGACAGACCUCACUUGCACAGAAUCCCCACGGCUUCUGUAUUUUGCUUGAGGUAAAGUGUUUUGGUAUCUAUCCAGUGUUUAUGUGUAAAGUGUGUGUGUGUGUAAGUGUGUGUGUGCACGCACAAGUUCUCAAGCAUUGUUCUGUGAGCACGUGGGAGUGUCUGCAUCAUCCUCGUCGCCUUCACUCAUGCUGCUGACGGAGGCCGACGCCCCUUUGGGGGAGGUCAGGGGCGAGGGCCGUGCGUUGUGCCAGCGGUCGGGAGGAGACGGGGGCGACGGCGAGCGCUGGGGAGACAGUUCACGCGGAGGGCUGCUGCAGGGGGACUCCCGGGGAGACAGAGCGUAGGACAGCAUUCGGCCGCUGCGUUCCUGAAACACCUGCUUCUGCUCGAGCACGCGCAAGGAGUGAAAGGUCCGAAAAGCUCCAGGAAGUUGCCGAUAAACUCCCGGGAUUUCUCCUCCCACUUCUGAAUGAGGUCGUGACUCUUCUCCUCCACGCGCUCCAAGGUCAUCCUCUCAAGGUUUCCUACCUGGGGUGCCUUCACGGGCCUGAGCGACGGUGAGCUUCUCAUGAGGGGCACGGCAGUUGCAGCUGCUCUCUGCGGCGAAGAUGGCAGGCUCGGUCAGCAUCUGAGAGGAAUACGGCAAAGAUAGAUGGGUCAUUAAGGUAAUGGCUAGAAGUCUGCGCCGUGAUAAAACAACGGACUCCGAUGCGGGCGGAGCUACUCUCAGGCAUGCACUGAAAACAAGAGACAGUGAAAUGAAGGCCACAAUGUCAUAGAUACAGAACACGAUGCAUUCUUGUUGUGGCACAAGGGAAAAUUUGAGGUGACGGAAAAACAAUCUGUCUCCGUGGAUGUGAGGGAACGGGGCGGACAACACGUGAAGAACAGCAACCCCACUGGGACAAAACAUUGGCCAUUCAGUCUCGGGUACACUGCAGAUCCUUUCCCACAAUGCAAAAUGCAGGUAAACAAGUACGUGGGGCAUUCAACAUACGGCUUUUUUACACUUAAUUACAUCACAGACCGCCUUUUGCAAUAGUUUUGCUUAUUUAAUGGUCUUUGCGCCUUCUAAUGUACAAUAUUUAGACCUUAUUUAAUGUUCUAUGCUCCAAGCUAGCAUGGACAGUUGCAGUCAAAUUAUUAUUCUAAUGACCCGAAUAUGAGACGGUUUUUUCCUGUCGUCCUAUAUUUGGUGCCCAGAAAUGUAUACAUGCAAACUACAGUAGAGACGCUGGGUAAUGGCUUUCUUCUUUCUUAUGGAUAUCCAUCAGACAGGUUAGUCUUCAUAAAUUCACAAAUAAGAAUCCAAGGAAAUAAUGCUGAUGAUGAUUCAAUGUGGAAAGCUGCACAUUUCUAUGUGGCACAAACAUCCAUAUAAGAACAAAGUAAAGUACAGAGUAUGAAACUCUGGCCUAAUACUGUUAGUGGAACGCAGCAUGAAGUUAACAUUACAUUUAAAGGAAAGUAUUAGUAUAGUGUUCAAGUAUUACUAUAUAGUAUUCAGCUGUGUAGUAUUAUAAUACUAAAGAAACACACCUUAUUCCUUCUUGCAUAAGCAGCGCUUUCAUUGCAAAGUACAUAUUUAAAAUCCCAAAGUGAAACGUGGAAAUAAUUCCACACCGGGAACACUUGCUACUGAACUAGCAAGCUUGUUGCUGUUGAAACCGAUACCGAUAUGAACAUUAUCUCAUUUUUAUGCCAAUAUCGGCCGAUGAUAUUGGACAUACUUAUUGCACACCAGUACAUGGCGCCAAAGAGAGAGAUGCACAAUAUCUUUUCUUUCAAACCGAUACCGACAAAUUUCUGCUUCUUAAGACCAAUAUGGUACAGAUAGCCGAUAACUUUUAUAUCGACUUUUAUAUUCAGAUGUAACUGUAGUUUGUGCACACCUGGAGGUAAGGACUCCAACAAAUUAGGAUUUGAUCAACUGUACCUGUUGAUGUGUCCGAAUCAAACAUCAUGACAUUACUACUACCACAUCACUACUAUCAGGAGAAUCAAACAUCAUGACAUUACGACUACCACAUCACUACUAUCAGGACAACCAGAGUUUUGAGGGGAGGGAGUCACCUGCCGUGGCCCAACAAAGUGCACUAUAUUCGGGUACACGCUCCGAGCAGCCGGUGUGACGCCAUGGAAGUCUCUGGCAAACGCCACGGCGCUGGCAUUUCAGGUGGCUGAUAAGGUUUUUUGUGUGCUUGAUGUUUUUUUUUCUCCCCUCAUCGCAGAGCAUUUGGUACAAAUAGAACGCGAUAUGUCUUCAAUGAAAAGUUUACAAGUGAGCUCAGGAAAAGUUACGACAGGCCGUUAACGUCACAGGCUGGAGAAAAAGGAGCGCCUGAUUUGCUCAGCCGCACAGUACGGGUAAUCUCGCCUCAUUGGAGCGUUUUUCAAUUUCAAUUAUCGGUUAUCUGAGCUACUUUUAUUGUUAUUGGAGUUAUCGGUAUGACGUCAUAAUUCCCUCAUAUCGGCCAGAUAAUUGUCAGUCCGAUAAUUACCGUGCAACCCUAGUAUUUUCCCCCAAAUCGCGUCUUGAAAAAGAAAGGAACACAAUAAAUCACAUGUUAUCAACAUUUGGAGCUUUCCGAGGUGAGAAGUGAUCCUUCAAAUCGAAUUCUGUCCACGUGUGGGAAUGAUUGUUGAUGAAUGACGCCUUGGGAGCAAACGAGGCAAAAUGGGGUGCACCACUUGGCUGCAACCAGCAGAGGCGCUGUUGACAAGUCUCAGCUACGGGAAGUUGAGCGCCAGCCACGCUGUGGCCACUCCUUUUAACUGCAACCCUGUCAUGGAAACAGGAGUUCACAACAAUACUUUCCCAUCCCUUUCAAUUGAGUGACAUUCCCAUGUGUAGUCCAGGGUGUAGUCCACCUCUCAUCAGCUGUGCCUGCACAGGAUAAGUGGUUUAGAAAUGUGAACCGGUGCUUUUUCUUUCCCAAUCAGUGAUGGAGUCCCAAUGCAAAUGAUGUUGGCCUUCAUGUUUUUAAUGCACAUCAGAACAGGAAGGCCAACGUAAUUUCGAUUUGACAAGUGUCCAAGCCCAAUAGGAGUUGCAUGGAGAUUGUUACCCAUGAUUCCUUGGGUGAAAAGAAAACAGUACAGGGAGGGGUGGGGGUAGCUUACAAACAUUUAGCAUGGGACAGAUGGUGAAGCUUAACUGGCCAUGAGCACAGGGGCCUAUCAGGAUGAGCGACGUCAAUAAGGCGCACGUUGGCAUAAGCAAGGAACAUCUGGCAUAAAAAGGAUUAAAGCAGAAAGAAGGAGGGGUGGAAACGUACAUUGGUGCACCUCUUUGUCUUCACUGCGCUAUCAUGUCUUCUUUCAUGCUACCCACUCACUGUCUACUCAGCAUCUCCCACAGGCACAUGCGAAAAAGGGAUGUGCUUCAUCACCAGAAGCCCUUUUGUCGUCCUUGCGCACACACUUUAUGUACACACAUGAAAAGUAACACAGCUGCCCUACCGUCCGAGGAUGGGGGCAAGUGUGUUCAAGCUCCUCCAUUAUUCCCAAAGACUCAUGGGGAUGUGGUCCCUCGGUUAUGUGACUCAGCAUCAGUGAGAUGAUCUCCUCGCCACUAUGUCUUUCUUCCUCUUCUCCUGCUUCCACCCUCACAUCCCGCAUGCCCCCACCCAGUCUGUCUUCUCUCAUCCACUCUGAGCUCCUGGCCGCACAGAGGACCUGGUAGCAAAGAGCCCCCACUCUGCACAAUUCACCAGGCACAAUAGACCAGACAAUCACACGGCACAAAAAUGCUGUUUCGCCAUAAGUUAAUUAUUAUUAACUUUUGUCCGUCUUAGUUAGAGAAACAUGAAUUACGAAAAACCCAACACAGUACCACUUUGUAUACAUUUGUGGUACUUGGGUUGGUCUUACAUCAUUAAACGAUCUUUGAUUCUCGGCAGAGACCGCUCGUCCAAUCAGAGGACAGUAACAACAUUCGAUAGAACAGGUCUACAGAGGAGAUUCUAGGCCGAAAAUGCUCUUUAAACUUCAAACAGACAUUUAGCCCUCUUGUUCUUGCUAUCGUUGUGUGAAAACACGUUUUCGCAACCCGUUUCGAUUAUCUUUACAUGUACCGCGGCGCCAUACAGUCAGUUGAAUGUGUUUCGACACACGUAAUACGUUUACGACACUCAGCGCUCGUCACACCGGAAGUUCAAUUUACAAGCAGUGUUGCCCAAUAAACAAACGAAACGGUUGCCUAUUAAACAGAAGUAUAGUCUUUUUUGCAGUACAGGUCCAAAACUAUCUUUCUGACAACUUUUAACGUAGCUCCUUUGACCACCGUAAUCUAAAUGCCAUGCCAGCCAUUGUGUCGAGAAUUGACAGUAGCUAUCUCACUUUUGGGAACAUCUCCACGUACAACCGCAGUUUAACUUAAAAUGUCGUUUUUGUUCUUUAAUGUGUCGUCAUUUUUGCUUACGACAGAAGAGUCAUUAAAGUUUGUUUUUUUUAUGUUGGUGCUACAAGACAAAUAAAGGUUGACUAACUCACCUUUGAGUCAAAUAGGCCAGGAAUCCAAGCAGCAAUCUGUGUCUGUGUGCAAAAUUUUAAUCUAAAGCGCCACAGUUGGCUUUAGGGAGGGACAACAAAACACCCUUUGUGUUUUUAUCGUAGGCACUGUAGUGACCCCAAUCUGGAGCACGAAUCUAUUGUACCCUCCCAAACGCCGCCUCAUCACCAUGGAAACGACUUGAUCCUGGACGGUCGCGCUGUGCAAGUGCAGGAUAAUGACCCUGAUCGUGUGAUGAAACAUUUAUGAAUGUACUAAGCAUUUGAAUCAUUAUUUAACCAUUAUUCACCAUUAUUUUGAAAUUAUUCAAUGAACUGUAUGGCGUUUGUUAUAUGUUCUAAAAUGUUUUGUUGAUUACCAUUGUGAAGCAAAAAUAUAUACAGUAUGUGCCCAACACUGCCAUCAUGCGGUAAGUACGAACAUUAGCGCCUUUCAAUGGCUGUGAUCUCACUUCCGGAAAAUGACUUUCCCCGGGAAUAUUUGGCGCGUGCUUUCUUCUUGUUGUGUUGACCUGCGGCUGGCCGUGUUGUUGAACAGCUGUCACUGAGCGACAAAACCGGACAAACGUCAUGUCGCCCGUCUCAAACCAGGACAAAGGCAUGGACACGGCGGAGGGAGAGGAUGGAAGUGAUGCCUGUGGUUUGGCAAAGUCUCGCUCCAGACGGGAGAAGAAGGAGAAAGUGGGGAGGAAGUCUGCUCUGGAGCAGCUGAAAAAGGCCAAGAGAGGGGAAAAGGUCAAAUAUGAGGUGGAGGAGUUUAGCAGCGUCUACGAGGAAGUAGAUGAAGAACAAUAUUCCAAAAUGGUACGGGAUCGGCAAGAAGACGACUGGAUUGUUGAUGAUGACGGAGUCGGGUAUGUGGAGGACGGAAGAGAGAUCUUUGAUGAUGACUUGGAUGACGACGUAGUGGAAAAAACCCAAGGAAAUGCGAGAGCCAAAGGGGCCGACUCGAAGAAACACGUGAAAAAAGCAGCGGUGGCAAAGCCCAACAGCAUCAAGAGCCUCUUCAUGAACAGCAAUGUGAAGAAGCCAGCAGAGAAAGAUGUUGACUUGUCCAAGGAUGAUCUUUUGGGGGACAUCCUACAGGAUCUGCAUUCAGAGAAAGCCUCCCUCCUGGCUGCUCCACCUGUGGUAAUGCUGAAGAAAAAGAAGUCCCUUGGAUCGCCCUUGAAUCCGUUCUCUAUCAAGCCGCACGUGCCCAAAGUGCUCACUCCAGCAAAGGCCAAAGUGAUCCGGCCGCCACCUUCCGACCCCCCCAAGCUGUCAUCCGCAUCUGCUUCGUCAACCGUCGUGCAGAAAGAGACAGAACCACCGGCCCAGAAGCAAGAGGAAGUGGAUGAGGACAUGGCAUUUGACGGGAUGGACUUUGAUGAGCCCAUGGAGGUUGGACCCGAUGAACCGGCAGUCAGAGAAGAGGUCCAGCCUGAAUGUAGAACCCCCACGGCUCCUGGCAAAGUCGAGCCUCAGGACCCUGUCCUCUUAAAGAUUGGAGGCUCCUGGGGGCAGGAGGAUGAGGAGGGUCCUAUCAGUGAGGCCCCAGCAGAGGUGCUGGUGGACUCCAGCAGGCUGCCACUGGUGGAGGGCGCCGAUGGCGAGCAGGUGUUCAGAUUCUAUUGGCUGGACGCUUUUGAAGACCCUUACAGCCAACCAGGUGUGGUGUACCUGUUUGGAAAGGUGUGGAUCGAGUCAGCCCAGUCUCACAUAAGCUGCUGCGUCUCUGUCAGGAACAUUGAACGCACCAUGUAUAUCCUGCCACGCGAAUAUAAAGUCAACCCUAAGACGGGGGAGGUGUCCCAUACGCCCGUUGGACUGAUGGACGUCUACCAGGAGUUCAGCGAUCUCUCUGACAAGUUCAAGAUCAUGAAGUUCAAGUCCAAGAAAGUGGAGAAGAACUAUGCCUUUGAGAUUCCAGAUGUGCCCACACAAUCAGAGUACCUGGAAGUCCGCUAUUCUGCGGAGUUCCCUGCUCUGCCGGCUGACCUCAAGGGGGCGACGUUUUCCCACAUUUUUGGAACCAACACUUCAAGCUUGGAGCAUUUCCUGCUGAGUAGGAAGAUUAAAGGGCCGUGCUGGCUGGACAUCAAGACGCCACAGCUACUGAGCCAGGCGGUCAGCUGGUGCAAAGUGGAGGCUCUGGCACCGAGGGCUGAUCUGGUCACCGUGGUCAAAGACUUGACACCGCCACCCAUCACCGUCAUGUCCAUCAGCCUCAAGACCAUCCAGAACCCCAAGACCCAUCACAAUGAGAUUGUGUCCUUGGCUGCACUCGUCCACUAUCGCUUCCCCAUGGACAAAGCUCCACCUCAACCUCCCUAUCAGACUCACUUUUGUGUGGUGACCAAACCCAAUGACUGCAUCUUUCCUUACGACUUUAAGGAUGCUGUGAGAAAGAAGAACGGAAAAGUGGAGAUAGCAAUGACAGAGCGGACUCUGCUCGGCUUCUUCCUGGCCAAGAUGCACAAAAUUGAUCCAGAUGUUCUUGUGGGUCACGACAUUUUCGGCUUUGACCUUGAAGUGCUACUGCAGCGAAUCAACUACUGUAAAGUUCCACACUGGUCUAAGAUCGGACGCCUCAGGAGGGCCAACAUGCCCAAACUAGGGGGCCGCAGCGCCUUCGCAGAGAAGAGCGCCACCUGUGGCCGCCUGGUGUGUGACAUUGAGAUCUCCGCCAAGGAGCUGAUCCGCUGCAAAAGUUACCAUCUGACUGAACUGGCUGCACAGGUGCUGAAGACGGAGAGAGCCACCGUCCCGCAAGAGAACAUCAGGAAUCUUUACAGUGAUUCUCCUCACCUGCUCUACCUGUUGGAGCUGACGUGGAGCGACGCCAAGCUGAUCCUCCAAAUGAUGUGUGAGCUCAACGUGCUGCCGCUGGCCCUGCAGAUCACCAACAUCGCCGGCAACGUCAUGUCUCGUACGCUGAUGGGCGGCCGAGCCGAAAGGAACGAGUUCCUGUUGCUUCACGCCUUCCACGACAAGAACUACAUCGUCCCUGACAAACCCUCCUUUAAGAAGAUGCAGAUGGAGACGUUUGAAGGGGAAGAAGUUGAUGAUGCUGUGAAAGGGAAGCGUAAGAAGAAGGCCGCCUAUGCAGGGGGGCUGGUGCUGGACCCUAAAGUUGGAUUCUACGACAAGUUUGUGCUGCUGCUAGACUUCAACAGCCUGUAUCCGUCCAUCAUCCAAGAGUUCAACAUCUGCUUCACCACCGUGCAGCGGGUGGCUUCCAGCGCACAGAAGAAGAACUUGGGGGACGAGCCAGAAGAGAUCCCGGAGAUUCCGGAUUGUGACCUAGAAAUGGGAAUCCUGCCCAAGGAGAUCAGGAAGCUGGUGGAAAGGCGCAAACAGGUUAAACAGCUGAUGAAGCAGCAGGACCUCAACCCGGACCUCUACCUGCAGUAUGACAUCCGCCAGAAGGCCUUGAAGCUAACGGCUAACAGCAUGUACGGCUGCUUGGGAUUUAGCUACAGUCGCUUCUAUGCCAAACCACUGGCCGCCCUGGUCACACACAAGGGUCGAGAGAUUCUGAUGCACACCAAAGACAUGGUGCAAAAGAUGACUCUGGAGGUCAUAUAUGGAGAUACUGACUCUAUUAUGAUAAACACCAACAGCAGAUCUCUGGAGGAAGUCUUUAAGCUGGGCAACAAGGUGAAAGCAGAAGUGAACAAGCUGUACAAACUGCUGGAGAUUGACAUUGAUGGAGUGUUUAAGUCACUCCUGCUGCUGAAGAAGAAGAAAUACGCAGCUCUGGUGGUGGAGCAGCACGGUGACGGGCGCUACACCCUCAAGCAGGAGCUGAAAGGCUUGGACAUUGUACGGCGAGAUUGGUGUGACCUGGCCAAGGAAUGUGGCAACUAUGUCAUCGGUCAGAUCCUGUCCGACCAGAGUCGUGAUGUCAUUGUGGAGAACAUACAGAAGCACCUUGUGGAGGUGGGAGAGAAGGUAGCCAGCGGGGCUAUCCCACUCCAACAGUAUGAGAUCAACAAGGCUCUGACAAAAGACCCUCAGGACUAUCCGGAUAAGAAGAGCCUCCCCCAUGUCCACGUGGCUCUGUGGAUCAACUCCCAGGGCGGACGCAGGGUCAAAGCCGGUGAUACGGUGUCUUAUAUCAUCUGCAAGGACGGCUCCACACUAGCAGCCAGCCAAAGAUCGUACGCUUUGGAGCAGCUCCAGAAGCAAGAGGGUCUCAGUCUGGACAUCCAGUACUACCUGACCCAGCAGAUCCAUCCCGUGGUGUCCCGCAUCUGCGAACCCAUCGAGGGCAUCGACGGCGUCCUCAUAGCCACCUGGCUGGGUCUGGACCCCUCUCAGUUCCGGUCUCACCAGCAGCAUCAGAGAGAGGAGGAGGCUGACGGCGCGCUGGGAGGACCCGUACAACUGACCGACGACGAGCGCUACAAAGACUGCGAGAGGUUCACUUUCACCUGCCCCCAGUGUGGGAAGGAGAACACCUACGAAAGCGUAUUCGAAGGCGCGGGGUCAAAGUUGGAGCCCAGCUUGUUGCGAUGCUGUCACGUGCCGUGUGGUGGCCGCCCCAUCGACUUCGCUUUCAACAUCAGCAACAAACUGCUUCUUGACAUCAGACGCCACAUCAGGAGAUACUAUUCUGGUUGGUUGGUGUGUGAGGACCAGGCUUGCCAGAACAGGACCAGACGCUUGCCCAUCGCCUUCUCCCGCCAUGGACCCAUCUGCCCAGGCUGCGGCAGAGCUACUCUCAGGCCCGAGUACUCUGAGAAGGCCCUGUACAACCAGAUCUGCUUCUACAGGUUCAUCUUUGAUUGGGAACACGCCGUGGCCAAAGUACUGCAGGGGGAAGAGAAGACUCGUGCUGGCUGGUGGAACAAAGAGAAGGAGGUGUACAGGAAGCUGAAGGAAGUGCCUGAUAAAGCUCUCGGUGCCAGCGGCUACUCCGAAAUUAACCUGGCUAAACUCUUCCAAUCCUUCUCCUCCCUUAAGUAAAAAAAAAAACAAAA